AUGAAUUUUGGAAUCUACUUCUAUGUUCAGCAAAGAGACUUCAGCCAGUUACACCUGUUCCAGGAAGAUACCCCUGUGCCAAUGACUUGUGUGCAGAAUAACCUGGAGUACAGAAUACCAUUUGGAUUGAGUUUAACUAUUGCUCAGUCAAAAUACUUUGCACAUUUGUCAGUUUUCUUUGUUUUACCUCAAACAUAUCCAGAUGAAUUAUACUUUGAUGAAGGCGACGUGCUUUACAUUUCAGAUAUUAGUGAUCCCAAUUGGUGGAAAGGAACAUGCAAAGGCCGAACAGGAUUGAUUCCAAGUAACUACGUGGCUGAGCACGUGGAAUCAAUUGACAACCCAUUGCAUGAAGCUGCCAAACGUGGGAACGAAAGCUGGUUGAAAGAAUGUUUAGACAACAGAGUUGCAGUGAAUUCUCUUGACAAAGCUGGAAACACUGCUCUCUAUUGGGCAUGUCAUGGAGGACACAUUGGAAUAGUGAAAAUUCUGCUUUCCCAACCACAUGUUGAAUUAAAUCAACAGAACAAACUGGGAGACACCGUUGUGCAUGCUGCUGCAUGGAAGGGAUAUGAAGAUAUUCUAGAGCUGUUGCUCAUGAAAGGUGCCAGGAUAGAUCUGAAAAACAAUGAGAAUAAAGUGCCGCUAGACAUGGCCACCAAUCCACAAUGUUCUUCUCUUCUUAAAAAGAAAUCUGGGCAAGGUAUCACGAGAAGUGCGAGCAAUGCAGAAGAAUAUCUUGAUGAUGAAGACUCUGAUUAAAUUUUUCUAAAGUUCAAACGUCAAACACUUACUAAUAUUCUUCUGUGUUUUUAUCCCCAUUUUGCUUGAAUUAUCUUGGCACCUGUAAAUCAAAACAAAACAAAGUUGCUGAAAUUCAAUACUGAACUGUGGUGUUAUUCCAGAAAUUUUACAUUUUUGUUUUCCUGGUUUCAUUUAUCUAUACACUCUGUGCUGUGAUCACACAGAAAAAUGUGAUCUGAACUUAUUAUCUGCUCUUUUUAUUUAAAUCACUAAGCUGAUGCCAAUUUAACUAAUUUGAAAUGUGCAGAAAUGUGCAAAGUGUGGAUUUUCAAGUGUAAUUUAACAGCAAUACUUCAUGCUGAAAAUAGUCUUCCUUGAGACUAUUUGAAAAUGUAAUACAUGCAUUCUGACAAUCAAAAAAGAUUAAUUUGCUGAAAAGCCAGUUUAUGGUUUCCACCAAAGUGGGUGUACCCCUGCAUGUUUGCAUGUUAUGUUUGAGACAUUAAUGUGUUCCCUAUUUGUUGCUGUGGACUCUGGCAGCCAUCAUAAUAUGAUGGCGACAAAGAAAAAAAAAUCAUCUUUUGAACCUUGAUGCUGCCAAUCUAGCUACAACAUAACUAAAAUACAACACUUUUUUGUUAUUGGCAUUCAGCUUUUUUUUUGACAAUUUCCUUACAGCGCUUAUAAUACCAACAUGACUUGACUUGAUCAUGCAUGACAAUAACAGUUGAAGUUAACCCCCAUCUCUCCCCCUUUACGGUCCCUUAACUACUGCCAUGUUCUGUAUUUUGGUGAUUUGUAGCUGUAUUCUUGUUCAUGUUGUAAAGCAUUGCUAAUGUUGUGACGUUUUAUCCAGCUAGAAGCUGCUGCAGUUUUGAUGUCAUUUUCUGCAUUUUUAACUUCAACCGGCUCCUUAACUCACUCCUCACCUAUGCUACUUAAGACAGAUGGAAGCAAUAUUUAAUGGUUAGUGAUAGUUUUUCUCUGAAUUUGUGAAUUGGCUGCUCCGAUCAUUUAAUGGAGUGUGUUAAAUUCAAAAUUUGCUCCUUCUCGCAUGUAAACUUGAUUUCACUAUGCUUCAUUUUAUGAACCUGUCAAGUUUAUGAAAUAUUUGAAAUACCUCAAUUUGGAAUGAGUAACACAUGCCUUUAACUAGCUUGACUGCAUGGCGUUUUUAUGAUCUCUCUCAAAGUUCUGAUUACAACUAAGUAGGGCUUUUGCAUUAGAUUAAUUCAUCCAUAUGUGGGGGGGAUAAAACCAAUGUUAUGCCCACAAUUGGAUAUCUGAAAAUCAGUAGAAAUAUAAAGUAAGUCAAUGUGAAUGACUCAGUUUGAAUAUUGUGCUUCUUUCUCUCAUCCUGAUCAUGUUAAAUACAUGUUGAGAAUUUGUAAAAGACAAUACAACUUUCAAUUUUUAGAACAAAGAUCAGCCUCUCAAUCAAUUGAUUGAUUGGGAAGGCACAGUGCAGACUUCUUUCAAUGGAUGAAAUACAUUUCAACCCAAGUGGCUUAUCUAGAUGGGUGCUGAUGCUGUUUGAUUGGCCUCAUCAGAAAAGAGGAUGUAAAAUUAUGGAAUAAUGCAAAAGACCAUUCCAGUUUAGAGCAGGAGUUGGGUAUAAUGUCCCUCAUGCCUUCACCAUCCAUAAGAUUGUCACUGAUCUGAUUGUAGCUUUAACUCCAUAUUCCCACCUACCUCUGAUGUCCUUUGACUCCCAUGUAAACGUAGAACCUUCAUUACAUGUGCCUUUAAAAUUGCUCCAUUACCUGCCUCCACUGUUCUCUGGCAAAGAAAGUUCCAAAUCUCAGACACUGAAGGAAAAACAUAAUCACUCCACCUUAAAUGGAAGACCUCUUGGUUUUUAAAAUGAACCUGUAAUGGGAAACAUAAUUCCAACAUCAACCUCAAACCCCUCAGGAUCAUGUAUGUUUCAAUAAGAUCAUCAUUCGUUUUCUGAACUCCAGUGGAUAUGGGCCCAGCCUGCUGGAUCAGGAGGUAAUCCAUCUCCUCCCCUCCCUCUUCAUCCCUCUUCCCACAAAAAUUCCAGGUGUGAAGUGAGCUGCCUUUUAAUACAAUUAUAUUGUCUCUUAAGGAGAUCAAAACUGUACGCAGUACUCCAAAUGUAGUCUCACCAAUGACCUGUGGCAAAACAUGCUGCCUCAAUCACUUGCCUUACCUGCAAAGCAAUUUUGAGAUGAUGCCCUGAUCUCUCUGUGCUAUGUUCCUUUGCAGACACCGUGUGUCCACUUACUGUCCUGGUUUUAUUUGUCAUCAAAUUUAAGUCAUAAUUAUGGUUCCUUUGUCCAGGUUAUUGUGAGAAAUUGUAAAUAGUUGAGGCCCCAACACUGAAAAUAACAGUUUCAUGUUUAAAUGACCCUAUAAAACAAAAUCACGUUCAUAUGCCAUAAAAUGAAGUGUUCAGUUUGUAGCAGCUAGAUUAGUCUGUUUUUCCCAUCUCUGCAUUGCUGCAGACUUGAUCGUUUUAUAGCUGUUUUAUUAUAAUUGAUCUCUAGUGAAACUUGGGACCAUAUGUAAAUAUAUAGAAAACCAAUGGAUUACAAAUUUGAUAUGAGAAUUGGAGAAAAAUGAAUUUGAAUGUUAGGAGGAGCUUUUAGAUUACUAUGAAAUUCAAGGCUUCUGCUUUUUAAAUGCUUAUUCUUGGAUGAUACAGUUCAGUAAACAUAAAAUCUGAAGUGUAAAAUUAAUAAUAGGGUGAACAUAACUCUCUUCUAUAAAUUUUUAGAUUUUGUGCUUUAAAUAUCCUUUGUAGCUAUCGAACUUUAGGUCCAUUAUAUGUUAUGGAGGAAGUGCAAAGUGAAUUUCUGUGCACUUUGAAUAUUUUAUAACGUAAUUUAAGAAAUAUGACAUCGAGUUGCCGCUGUUCUUGGAAUAAAUGUUUUGAAGAAAAUA